AUGUCUUUAAGAGCCUCUUUCUUUUUGCUGUUGGCCAUAUUUGGUACAGUGAGUGCUUUGAGAGAGCAGGCCGUGGGAUGCGAGGGAAUUCUGCUGUGUGGAGAUAAGCCUGCGACAAAUGUGAGAGUGGCUCUGUGGGAUGAAGAUGAUGGUAAGUUAGGGAAGUAUUCGGCCCCAUCACUUUAAUUUAUUUGCAGGCCCAGACCCAGAUGACAAGCUCCAAGAGACCCGAACUGACUCCAAAGGUCACUUCAAAUUGGCCGGAUCCACCAAGGAACUCACCAACAUUGAUCCCGUCUGUAAAGUCUACCAUGAUUGUGAUGAUGCCCUGAAGCCGGGACAACGUAAAGUUAGAUUCCGCAUUCCCUCUCAAUACAUCACCACCGGCACUACUCCCAAAAAAUAUUUCAAUCUGGGAACCAUCAAUCUUGAGAUUAAAUUCGCUAAGGAGGACAGAGAAUUGUUGUAA